CCCGCCGCCGCCGCCGAGCCGCGCGAUCCCGCCGCGCCCGCCCAGAUGCCCGCCUUCUGCUUCGAGGUGGCGCCCGGGGCCGCAGCCCCGCCGGCCGCCCGCAAGCCGCCACUGCAGCCGCACUACGCCGCUCCGCCGCCGCUCGCCGUGCGGGCCCUGGGCGCCGAGCGCCUGGUGCUACGCGCGCCCGAGCCCGGCCCCGGCCCCGCCGCCCCGCGCAGGGGCUCCUCCGCCUGGCUGCUGGGGGAGCUGCUGCGGCCCGACGGCCCCGAGCCCGGCCCCGACGGGAACGUCCGACUGAGCGAGCACCGCCAGGCCCUGGCCGCCGCUAAUCCCCGCGGCCCCGAGCCCGGCCCAGCGUCCUGGGCCGAGGAGCCGCGGCCCGAGCGGGCCUCCCGCGGCUGGGACCGGGGCGGCGAUCGCAGCGACCCCGCCGGCUCUCAGGCCGCGCGGCGCCCGGACCCGGAGCCCGAGGCGCCCGCCGCCCGGAGCAGCGAGGCGGCGCCGGCCAGGUCGGACCCGCGCGACGAGAAGCUGGCCCUGUACCUGGCCGAGGUGGAGCGGCAGGACAGGUACCUGCGGCAGAGGAGUAAGUACCGCUUCCACAUCAUCCCCGACGGCAACUGCCUGUACCGAGCGGUCAGCAAAGCCGUGUACGGGGACCAGAGCCUGCACCGGGAGCUGCGGGAGCAGACGGUGCACUACAUCGCCGACCACCUCGACCACUUCAACCCCCUGAUCGAGGGCGACGUGGGGGAGUUCAUCGUGGCCGCCGCCCAGGACGGGGCAUGGGCCGGAUACCCCGAGUUGCUGGCCAUGGGGCAGAUGCUGAAUGUGAACAUCCACUUAACGACUGGCGGGAGGUUGGAGAGCCCCACGGUGUCCACUAUGAGCCACUACCUGGGCCCGGAGGAUUCCUUGAGGCCCAGCAUUUGGCUCAGCUGGCUCAGCAAUGGACACUACGACGCGGUUUUCGAUCACUCCUGUCCCAACCCGGAGUAUGACAGUUGGUGCAAACAAACCCAGGUGCAAAGAAAGCGGGAUGAGGAACUUGCCAAAUCCAUGGCCAUUUCGCUCUCCAAAAUGUACAUCGAACAAAAUGCAUGCUCUUGAACUGUGUGAAAACCUUAACCCCUUGGGGGAUUGCAUAGGUAACUUGUGUUUGGAAAACCACAGGAACUCUAAUCAGGGUAACAGCACUUUUAAACUUCCUAGUAGAUUUCUCUGUGGGUGUGAUGCCUUAAUCAUUUCUUUGAAUGUUUUUGCAGAGCUGAAGGUUGCUGGGCACCUAAGUGAUGUUUCCUGAUAGCUUUGGGUGAUCCUACUGCCAUUUAUAAUUUGCUGUAUAAAAUGAGCACUACUUAAAUUUGCAAGCUGAUUUCUCACAGUAUAAUAAAUUUGUUCAUUCCUGGUAGCCUAUUUUCUAUAAAAAUGUAUUUUUGCACAUUUUUAAAAAUUGGUGUACCUUCGUCUACGACGUGACCCAUUUUGACACAGCUUUCAAGCAUAAAUCCAGAGAAGUGCUUUCUAUGAAAUUCAUUAUUUGGAGCAGUUUUGUGAUUGAGUAGUUAUUUUAUGUUGGAAUUUGAAUUUCACAAUUCUUAGAUAAUUUUUUCAAGUGGAUAUUGAUGUACUCAUGUUACCAGAUGAUUGGCCCAUUCCACUUUGGUGAAACAGAUUUGUGGUUUUGGAAGUUGUUACUCUUCUCAAAAUGGAUAGUCUUGAAAUACUUAAAGGCAUGAAUGUGGGAAGACUCUUUAAGGGAUAGUACCAGGUCUUACUUGAAUGAAAGUCUGAUAUUUGCUGAUGACAGAAUGACAGUUCUGUGCUGUGGUUGAUGUUUAGAGUCUGGUGCUCUUGUUUUUAUUUACAUUUGUCAUUUUGUUAUGAAAGAAUUUUAACCUGCUGUAAAAUCUUCUGACGAGAGAAGUCUCUUGCUUUAUAUAGCUUCUUGAAUUCAACUAAGAGAUUUAAAAACUGAUAGCAUAAAUGCCUAGAACCAUCCCUGGCAUUUUUAUAGCAGGAGAAUAUUGUCUUAGUAUUCUGUUCCUUUAAAAUUCUUUGGUAAGGCAAAGUAGGAUUGCCUCUAUUAUGUAAAUACAUCUGUAAACAGAGCUUGUAUGGUUUGCUGGGUCAAACAGUAUUUCUAAUCUAAAAAUCUUAUCUCAUUUCCACUUUAACUACUUUUAGUCAUAUUUAUUAAGUAAUGAGUUUGUACUUUUUUAUUUUGUAACGUUUUGUGAUUUUUUUUUUGUACAAUACUGUAUUUGUAAAAUAGCAGUUCUCAGCUGAUGGAAUGAAUAAAAUGCACACUUUUACAACUGCC